UCUCGUUCUGUCAUCGUGUUUGUUAAAUCGGCUACAGGCUAUUUCGAUUACCACAGCUACCAUUAAGAAUAGUUUUGAUGAAAAAAAUAUACUUUGGAUGGAAAAUCUAUAGUUUUGGAGUAUACAUAAACGUAUCAAAAAGUCGUGAAUAAAAGUUAUAAACGAGAAAAAUCGAUAGUAUUUUAUAAACACGCAAAGUAUAACACAAAGAUCUUAAUUUCUUGUUUAUGUACUCGCGCAAGUAAUUUAAUUGUGGCAUCGAAAGUGCGUUGCCGAAAGUUUCACAUUUGACCCCUACAUUUUAGAAUUCAGUAAAUAUAUAUAUAUAUAUAGAAUUCAAUCAUGGUGGACGCAGCCCGUCAAAUGCUUGACGAACUUAUGGGUCGUAAUCGAAAUUUACAUCCAUCAGAGGCGCCACGUAAAAUCAGUUGGGAUGAUCCCGAUUUCUGCCAAUACUAUAUAGUUAAAUUCUGUCCGCAUGACCUUUUUAUUAAUACUCGAGCCGAUUUGGGACCAUGCACUCAAAUCCACGAUGACGAGGCGAAACGGAUGUAUGAUGAAGCACGCCCAUCUCCGCGAAAACGAUCUUACGAAGAUGAGUUCUUAAGGUUUUGCAAUAAUAUGCUAAAUGAUGUGGAUCGAAAAAUACAAAAAGGCAAACAGCGACUGCAGCUCAUGCAUCGUGAUCAGCCUAUACCAACAAUACCACUGUCGAAGUACCAGGAGCAGCUGAAUAAUAUGAACGCUCGCAUAAAAAAGUUACUCUCCGAAGCAGAGGAAGCUGGAAUACGCGGUGAUGUUGAUCAGGCCAAGGAUCUUAUGGCGCUGUGCGAGCAAUUGAAAGAUGAGAAGGAGGCAUUGGUCGCCCAGCACGAACAACAGCAACAAAUACACCAACAGGCAAAUGGAGCGCUUAAAGAAGCUUUAACUACGCCACCACCGGACACCAUCAUUGAGAAAUCCGAAUGCGAUAAAUCACCAAAAAAUGAAGAAAGUUCGAGCGCCAGUGGCAGUGAAAAGAAAAUGCUGCCUUGGAUGCAGGAUUUGGGGACCCUACCCGAGAAGCAAAUGGAAGUUUGUGAAAUCUGUGGGGCGUUUCUCAUUGUUGGCGACGCUCAACAGCGUAUUGAAGACCAUCUCAUGGGCAAACAACAUCUGGGGUAUUCGCGCUUGCGCAAAGCCGUAGAAGAAAUACACGAGCGCAGGCAAAAGGAUAGAGAAGAGGAGGAGCGCAAGAGACGUGAGGAACGUGAGCAACGCAGCGCUCAACGUAGCAGUUAUAGCCAUCAUAACGACCGUAGACGCGAGCAUCAUGAUCAUCGUGAUCGCGAAUGUGAACGAGAGCGUGAUUAUCGUGGACGUUCACGCGAUCACAGCAACCGACACUCAGCCGAUAGACACCGACAUCAUCAUAAAUCAACGCAUCGCAGACGAUCGCAUUCGCGCAGCAGUCAUCGUCGCAGCAGUCGGGAUCGUCAUAGUCACAGCCGGAGCCGUAGUCGCAGCCGCUAUUAAUUACACGCAUUCGUACGUGGCGGAUUGAGGUACUCUCCCCAAAAACAAACUAUAUAACUUAAAAAUCUAGCAUAAUCUAAAUAAAAGAAUAUUCUCAAUUCGUAGAACAAGGAGCAGAGACAUUCAUGCACAUUGAAGGCGUUGCAGCGUAACUGCCUGUAACGCUAACCAGCGGUUUGCUCUACUUAACUCCAUGAGACUCUACUCUCACUUGGCAUUAGUUGUUGCGAAAUGCCGCCGUGAAUUGCCGUAGGUUGUGCGAUUGUCAGGCUAUAAAAUCCUUUACGUUGGCAACGUCAUUUCGAGGUACAUUUGAAGCAAAAAUUAAACACAAAAUAGAUUAAAAAACAGCUUAUUUUCAAGGUAGUUGGUUUUAAUUUUUGAGUUUUUUGUUUAACUUUUCAUAGCGUGAAUUUACUUACAAAACGAAGAUAAGUGACUAUAGUCACACAUGCGCACACGAGUGACUGAAUGUCCUCCAGAACCCAGUUCUUUUGCGACUACAAGACCAGUCCUCUUCGAACCAACUCUAUUACAAGGUACUUUUUCUAUUUUUUGGAUUUUUUCUGAUAUGUAGUUUAAAGCAAAAAAAAAAAAAAAAAUAAUAAUAACAAAGUGACAAAAAAGAAGCAAAUUAAUACUCGUAUUUUUCGUACUGUAUGUUCUGGAAGUCAACAAGUGAAGAUUACCAUACCAAUAUCAUUUGUAGAUUUUAAGUGACCCGCGUACGCAUUCAUUCGUACGCCAGUUCGCUCCUUCGUUCGUACGCUCAGUAAACUGCGCACACAUUCACCCAUACCGAGGUAAUUGUUAAAACAAAAAUCAAUUUGCAAAUUGCCUCUUAAUUCUUAUUUAGUAGGAGAAAAAGAUUUUGUGUGUUGGGAAGUUAUAAAGUAAUGUGGUGGAAGUGAAGGGAUUGAAGUUGAUGUGUGAUUUAGUGGAAAACUCAGUUUUUUCAUACCCGCUUUACAAAGGUAACAAUAAUUUAUGAUACGGUUAACUUGUAUUUUUUUCUCGUAUAAUUUAAAAUAGUCAAUAAGUUAUUUAAAUAAGAAAAUAUUAUCUUUUAAUACAGCAGUUAAAAAAUAUGGAAAAAUAAUGUUAGACCUAAGUUGCUUAAAAAAAUAUAAAAAAAUAAGUUAACAAUUUGCGGUACAGAAAUAUUCGUUUAAACACGCCACGAAAGCCUUUUAAAAAUAAAUGUUAAAUUAAAAUAAAAACGAACGAUAUUCUAACUGAAAUGGGUGAAAACCCCUAACUUUGCAAGACCAAAGAUUAUGAUUUAACAAAAUUUAAAAAAAUCGUAACUGGAUAUACUAAGUUGAUGUCGUCCACAACCGUUUACUAACAAUUCGGUAUCCUACGUCCUAGCCGCCUCAAAUGGCGAAAUAACCUUGAAAGCUCGCUUUUGUGUGUACAAUUCACUGGUUUUAAAUUUUGGCAAUGAAGAUUUGGCGCAUGUGUUAUGGUAUCUGACGUUAUUGCAUUUGUGACCAAAAACUCGAUCCUGCCAUGCGUUUUCCGAUUUGAAAAGCUUUCGUGGCUAUCGCUGAUAUAGCGCAUUCAUCCCUCAUACCUAAGUCCUUAAAUAAAGCAAAAUUUUACCUUUACUUUCUCUAAUACAAGCGAUGAAAGAAGGCUUCAUAAAUUUUGUGUGAUGGUAUAUUUUUUUAGCAGAUAUUAAAAUGAGGUAUUCGCAAAAACUUUCACAAUACUGUGCAUUUUUACAGAAAUCACCUACAAGAAUACAGCGAAUCAUCGAGCAACUACAAUCAACACUCGUUCAAACAAUCGUUACUACCUUCCUUUGUUCGUUUGGUGCAACAUGAGCCAUCAAACUGGCAAAACCCCAACUCAUUGCAGGUAACAGACACCUUCCAAAAUCAACAUUUUUUUCAAACACAAACAGUUGAGCAGAACAGCCAAGCAACCGGUUACCCCAUCAGCAACACGAAGCGGCACUUAGCACAACAAAGAAUGCAACUAGGUACUUCCAACGUCGGCGUCCGGACGGUCUGCCAGUACGCCAGUUGUUAGGUCACCAUAAAGCCAAAAAACAAGGUGAUUUUUUAACUAUUGAGUUUAUGCUUGAGUUCUCUUAUACAUAUUUUUAUUAUUGAAAAACAACAGAAAAAAUGGCAAAUGGUAAUUCGUUUCCAAGCAAAUUGCCUACUAUACUACGUAUGUUAUUUUUCUAAUAUUGUAACUUUUUAACUUUUUUGCAAUUAAGCGUGAAUUGUAAUUGAAAAAUAAUACAACGUCAUUUUGCAAUUUGUUGCUUUAUUUUCGGCCGCCAUAGGCGACUUAUUACAGAUUGAAUUACUAGGUUUCGUAUUUCAAAUUGAACUUUUUUGAAUUCAUAUUAUAAAUUAGUCAAACUCGUUUUUUUAACAUCCAAAUCGGCAAAAUUAUGUAAGCGCCUUGAAAAUUUAAUGAAGAAUUUUAUAAAAAAGUUAAAAAGCUAAACAACUUGUAAUAUAAAAAUAAUACACGCUUUUCGCGUUUCUGUAUAAAAACGUACGCAGACAUAUACGUUAUCCGAUUUUGUAGGUUUAAUUAAAGUAGCAUAGUUAUUUAUGAAACGAAGAUGGGUACAAAAUUUUCAAUAAAAUAUGCAGAUUUGAAAAGAA